AUGUGUGUGUGUGUGUGUGUAUGUGUGUGUGGUUUUGUACAAUAUCGUCAUUAUUACCAUCGUCAUCGUCGUCAGCCUCAUCAUCAUCUUCAUCGUCGUCGUCAAAAUCCCAACUUGCAGGUGUCACAAAACCUGGAGACCGUGCUUUUCAAGGAGAAGUUCAUAGACUGGCCCGAUUCUGACCGCAUCCUCAAGGUCAAAGGUCACGAUGCCUCCAAUGAGGCUGCCGAGAAUAAGGCGACAACGAAUCCAUGUGAGGUGAGAGAGAUGUUGAAGAUGAGAGAGGGUGCGCCAUUCUUGCUUUUAGAGGGGUAUCAUAUUGGCAGGGGCAAUAAAUGGAUUGAAUGGGUGGACGGCAUCCAAUGGGAGCACGAGAUGCUGACAUCUGACCUAGAAGUUUGGAACGUCAGCGAAUCAGGUUGCGUGAAAUUAGGUCAGGCCAGUUUCGGUCAGUUUCACGCUGGCGAUACUUACGUUGUUAGAUGGAGGUACAAUGUCAAUCAAAUAAGUCACAAUUUGAAAGGGGACGUGUCGAAAAAGCAAGUCAGCACAGGCCGCCAUAGGUGUGCCUACUUCUUCUGGCAAGGCGUCGAGUCCAGCAUCAACGAGAAAGGAGCAUCUGCCCUCAUGACGGUCGAACUUAAUCAAGAUAAUGGACCCCACGUGAGAAUUGUAGAAGGCAAGGAGCCAUCUUGCUUCAUUGAUCUCUUUUCAAGACGACCAAUGAUAAUCCACCGAGGCAAGCGCUUCAACCAAUCAAAAUCGAGCCCCAAGUCUGACGUUAAAUAUUCAAGAUUCGAACCCGCGGUACCGUCGCCCUUAUUGAUGACGUCAUCGUCGUCGUCGUCACUGCCAAGAUGUCGUUAUAAGCUGUACGCAAUGAGGAAUGAUUUCGUGGAGAAUGCUUAUCUGUUGGAGGUGGAGUGCCGUGUGAAGAAUCUGAGAAGUAGAGGGUCCUAUCUUUUGAUCGAUGUUAAGCAAGGGGACGUGGUGGUAUGGCACGGCUGCAAGUCGAGUUCAGAGGUCAGGAAUGUUAUGAAGAAGUUGGCUGAUGCCAUUAUGUCCACUGAAUGCCCUGCUGAAAUUGGACUCAAUCGAACCGCAGCAACCACAUCAACCGCGACUACAUCAGCCGCAACCACAUCAGACGCAACCUCAUCAGCCGCAACUACAUCAGCCGCAACUACACCAGCCGCAUAUAUUGAAAUGGAGGAGGACACCCGUCCCUUCGAUCACCACACACCACGUCUCUUCCACUUGACCAUGACAACGUCUGAACUCGAAUUCGAAGAAGUGACCAACCUGACCUCUGAACCGGGUCAGAGGUCAUCGCCCUUCCCUUUCAUGCAGUCGGACAUCUACGCGGCCGAUCAACCAGCUCUCUUCCUGGUAGACAACCACAACGACGUCUUCCUCUGGCAGGGAUGGUGGCCAAGCUCCUCAGCCGACCGACCAAACCUCCAAACUGGUUCUGCCACAGCCAGGUUCGCCCAGAUGAGGAAGGCAGCUGUGAAGAUGACCCUGGAGUAUUGCACCGAGAAACGAAGACAAAUUCGAAAUGCGGUGACGGCCAGCAGCAACGACAGCAGCGACAGCAACGACAACGCCACAUCAUUCCAGAUCGAAAGCCAUUUAGUACAUGCCGGAUGUGAGCCGCCCCGCUUCACCUCCAUCUUUCCGCUGUGGUCGGUGGACCAGGACGCCGCUGCCUAUGCUGCCGAGAUGAACCACACAAGGACGCCGAUGGUGUCUCUUCAUGAAAUGAACCGACGCUUCAACAGAUCGACCUUCACCUUAGAAGAGUUGAAGGCCAGGCCCCUGCCAGACGGUGUGGACCCUCUGAAACUCGAGACCUACCUUGCCGAUGACGAAUUUGAAGUUGGCGAUUUUAUGAUUAUGACGACGAUGAUGACGACGAUGAUGAUGUAA